UCUGGUCCUCUGGCGCGAUGAACGAGGACGAGAAUGCUGAGAUUGAAAACAAGACUAUCAAUGAGGAGUACAAAAUAUGGAAGAAGAACACUCCCUAUCUCUACGACACGGUGGUAACACACGCUCUUGAUUGGCCUACAUUGACGUGUCAAUGGUUCCCUGAUAUCGAGAGCCCUCCAGGGAAGCCAUACAUACAGCACCGACUGUUAUUUGGCACGCACACAUCUGGGCAGGGUAGAGAAUACCUUCAAAUCGCCUCUUUGCAACUUCCAAAGUCAGAAAGUGACGUCGAUAAAGAUGUUCUCGCCCGUGACUCGUACGACGAUGAGCGAGGAGAACUAGGAUCACACAGUGCAACCGCGCCACAUGCCCGUCUUCAAAUCAUACAGAAGAUCAACCAUGAGGGCGAGGUUAACCGGGCUCGAUAUAUGCCUCAGAAUCCUGACCUCAUUGCAAGCAAAGCCGUGAAAGGCUCAGUGUUCAUCUUCGAUCGAACAAAGCAUCCAAGCGAACCUGAGAAAGAUGGAGUGUGUCGUCCUGAUAUCGAACUUGCAGGUCAGGAGAAAGAAGGGUUUGGAUUGGAUUGGAGUCCAUUGAAAAAAGGCCACAUACUUGGCUCAUCAGAGGAUUUCACGGUCUGCCAAUGGGACAUAACAGCAUUUAAGAAAGGAAAUAGGACUUUGGAGCCUCUGCGCACAUUCCGAGGCCAUCGUUCCGUAGUCGGAGAUGUUUCAUGGAAUUCUGCCAACGAGAACAUAUUCGCAUCCGUUGGAGAUGACAAACGUUUACUGAUAUGGGACACCCGGAAUAGCAGCGAUUCUGAACCCAGUCAAGACAUCAUGGCACAUGAGAAGGAAAUUCUGGCUGUAGCAUUCAGCCCCAGCAGCGGCACCAUGCUACUUACAGGCUCCUCGGAUAAAACAAUUGCACUUUGGGACACAAGAUCUCUCAAAACACCACUGCAUAGCUUCCACCAUCACACGGACGAAAUUUUGCACAUCAGCUGGUCACCAACUCAUGAAACAAUUUUCGCAUCAGCAUCGUCUGAUAGACGAGUGGCGAUUUGGGAUUUGGCGUCAAUAGGCCUCGAGCAGACUCCAGAUGAUGCUGACGAUGGACCGCCGGAACUGCUUUUUGUCCACGGUGGUCACACGAGCAGACCCACGGACGUCGCGUGGGCCCUGGGGGAUGAGAUGCAGUGGUAUGUUGCAAGUGCGGCUGAAGAUAAUGUUGUUCAGAUUUGGAAGAUGAGUGAAGGGAUAUAUGCUCGAGGCCAACGAAAGGUGGAGGAUAUGGACCUGGAGUGAACCAGAACGAAAUAUGUAAUUAUGUUGGCUUGUAUGUUAUCCAGGAUGAAGGAUAUAAGGCACAGAUACAGUUGCGUUGUGGC